AUGGUUCUCUCACAAAUAUCACGAUGGACCUCCAUCCUCAUGCUGUGCCUGGGUCUCGCGCAGGCUCACACCGUCAUCACAUACCCCGGCUACCGAGGAAACAACCUCCACACAAACGGCACAGUCGAGCAGGCCAACGGUCUCGGUGUCGCAUAUGAUGUGAAGAACGGCUCAUAUAUUUUCCCCUAUGGAAUGGAGUGGAUUUAUCCUUGCGGCGGUAUGCCCAGAUCGACCAACCGGACCAAAUGGCCCAUCAGCGGCGGUGCAGUCGCCUUCCAACCGGGCUGGUUCCCGGGCCACGCAACCGCCUUGAUCUACGUCAACCUCGGAUUCGGCGAGAUCCCGGAAAACAUGAGCCACCCCGUCGUUCCGCCCUUCCAGAUCACGGGCCCGACGAACAAUCCUUACCCGGGUACCGUGUGCCUGCCGCAGGUGCCUCUGCCGGCGAACAUCAGCGUCAGCCCUGGUGAUUACGCUACUAUUCAGCUUGUCGAGACGGCCAAGCAUGGUGCGGCCCUAUACAACUGUGUCGACAUCGAGUUCGCAGAAGACGGCGAUGACUCGGUCGAGACGGUGACUCGCGACAACUGCUUCAAUUCAUCCGACAUUUCCUUCCAGUACAUGUACACCACGAGUGCGAUUGGCUCUGGUGCGGCGAUGCUGCAUACGCCUGGACUGUCGGCGGCGCUCGUCCCUCUCUUGCUGGCGGGUGCGCUUGCUCUGUACCUGUAG